AUGAGUGCAUCGAGGUUUAUAAAGUGCGUCACUGUUGGAGACGGAGCUGUGGGUAAAACUUGCUUGCUCAUUUCCUACACCAGCAAUACGUUUCCCUCUGACUAUGUGCCUACCGUUUUUGACAAUUUCAGUGCCAAUGUCGUUGUGGAUGGGAGCACCGUUAAUCUAGGAUUAUGGGAUACUGCUGGUCAGGAGGAUUACAAUAGAUUAAGACCAUUGAGCUACCGUGGGGCUGAUGUCUUUAUACUUUCAUUUUCCCUCAUUAGCAGGGCUAGUUACGAAAACGUCUCUAAAAAGUGGAUUCCUGAAUUGAGGCAUUACGCUCCUGGAGUUCCAAUCAUUCUUGUCGGCACAAAGCUUGAUCUUCGAGAGGAUAAACAGUUCUUUGCAGAUCACCCUGGAGCAGUGCCCAUUACGACUGCUCAGGGAGAAGAGCUUAGGAAAUUAAUUGGAGCAGCUGCUUACGUUGAAUGUAGUGCAAAGACACAACAGAAUAUUAAGGCUGUCUUUGAUGCUGCCAUUAAGCAGCGCUACAACAAGGUGCCAUACUACUGUGAGCAGUGGCGCUUUACUUCAAAACCGUCGAUCGGUGUUUUCAACUGGAGCAUUGAUUAUUCCAGAUCAAUUGAAGACGAGGAUGAGGAGGAGGCUGCUAGAUCUGCUGCUAUUAACCAGGAAAUAAAGUGUGCUUUUGAAGGUUAUUGGUGA